AUGGAAGCAUCAAAUUUGAUUCGAGAUGAAAUUCUAAGUUCAAAAGAAUUCUUGUUAAAGACUAAUCCAUUGAAAUUGCAAAAUAAUGAUAUACUUGAAAAAUUGGAUGAAUUUGAACACGUUUUCAAUUCUCUUUUCCAAUAUAUAAACAAUAAUGAUGCCGAUAUGAAUGAUCAAGUUAGAUUGCUUUUGGUUGAUUCCUUUGCAAUUUGGAUACAAAGAUCCUUACAAGUAAUCAAAGGUAAACAUCAUGUUAAGGAAGAUUACAAGUCAAUUGUUCAGAAUUCACUUUUAACUGUAGACAAAGGUUCAAUUGUAUUUCAAUAUGUGAUUGAUUUUUGGACAGAUGGAAACGCUGCUCUGGUCAAUGCUUUAAAAGAUAUGUUCACGAAAAUGUUAGCCUUAUUAUAUCUGUUAUUCGAUAAAAAUCAUUUGGACACUUUGAUUAAAACCGAAUGGAUAGAUAAAGUUAGGAAUAUCCCUUCCACUUUAAAAGUGAAAUAUUAUAUGUUAGAAAUUUUAUCCUCUUACGUCGACAUGAACAACUUGUUAGAUUCAGAUCAAGAUUUAAUCAUUUCCUCUCUAUCACUGAUGUAUUCAGAUUCAUUAUCUACACAGAUAGGUAAAGGUAUUUCAAAAUUAUUAUUGAAUAUUUUUGAAUUUCAUUACAAUUCAGAUUUAGCUAAUUUAGACGCAUGGAUGAGUAUCUGGGUAAAACCUGUUUUAUAUUAUUUAGAUGAUGCAAAAUUUUCUAAAUCAAUUGAACUAUACAUUUUAAUUCCUUUACUAAAGAAUUCUCAAAAGGAAAUGUUUUACGCCUUCAUUAAACUACUCCCAGAUGGAAAACCUCAUCAGUUAUUAUCCAUUUUGAAAAUUGGUCAAGAAUUAUCCAUUGAAGAAGAGCCUUUUCAUAAUGAAAAAUUGAUUAAGCUACAAGUAUUACAAGAUUUAUUACAGAUAGAUGACUAUAAAUUAAGUGCAUUUGAAUUAUUAACGUUUUCCUCUAAGAAAUCAAAACCAGUUAAACCAUAUAUUUUUGACAUAAUCAUUUCAAAUAUUGGGACUUUUAUGGUAGACAAUGAAAUAGAAACCAGAAACUAUUUCUGUAGUGCUUUCAAACAUUUUAUCAUCAGGUUAAGAGAUUCUUCUUAUGCGCUUAACAGAGAUCUUGGAAAACUUAAAAAGGCAAAUAAGUUUCCUGAAGAGCAAUCACAAAAAUUGACCGAAAUUAAUAAAAUAUAUGAAUUUUUUGAAUGGGUAAUCAAAUUUAUUCAAUUUCAACUUUGUCCAGGUUCGCAAUAUCAAAGAAUGAAUGCAUCUUUUAAAAUACUAAAAUCCAUAAUUGAGUCAGGCUUGGAUGAUUCAGUACCAGCUAAAUAUACAGACAAUCGUGAAAAAAGAGAGUAUCCCUUUUCAAUAAGUAUAUUCACCCAGAAAUCAAUGCUGAGAUUAUUAAUUGAUAAUCUAUGCAGUAAUUACAAUGAUAUUCGUCAGUCUGCAAGAGAAAAUUUAAUGAUAGCCUUUGACUCUAAUCGUUCUGAUGAAUUGCUAAAAUUGAUCGAUAUAGAAGCAUUGUAUCAUAAAGCUAAUUCGAUGUUAAAGCGUUAUCAAUCAAGUGAUAUGGGUGCAUCUUUGUAUGAAUUCCUAUAUUGCAUUUCAAACGACAAAAUUUCGUUUAUAAAUAGACUAUUAUUGGAAUUAGAAAACAAGAUCCCUAAUAAUGAUGAUGAAUAUAUCUCGAAUGUCAAUUUUCCAAUCAGUGGAUAUUGUACUGCCAUCGCACUUAUAUUAAAUAACUGGGAACAAUCAAAUCAGAUUAGUUCCACUGAAUCCAUUUCAGAUUUGGUUAUUUCGAAAGUUCUAAAAAUUUGGAAUACAGUCAAAGAAAUUGUUACUCAUGAUGCAUCCGAUGGUAUCCUACCGAAAAAGUUUGAAUUGUCAGGUGUAUCUGACCAACUCAUUAUAAGUUAUGCAUUUAGAUCGAUCAAGGAGAGUUCUGCUAUGCUUGAUAGUUUAUUGAAGAAAUUUACACUGAACAGAGGUCAGUAUACAUCGAUAGGUAAUCUUUUGAUUUCUCAAUUAAUUAAUAUACGUCAUAGCGGUGCAUUCCAGGCAGUAUUGCCUACUUUCGAAUCGUGUUGUUCUAAGUGUAGAAAAGAGAUACCAGAUCAAUUAAAUAAUUGGCUGAAACAAAUUAUUCUUUCUAUCGAAACAAAGACUCAGCAUAUUACUAGAAGAUCGGGAGGUUUACCAUUUCUAAUCACUACUAUUUUAGGUUCAGAAAUAGGUAAGACUAGAGUUGAUUUGGAUUAUGCGGUUCAAAACCUUAUGAGAAUUGCAACAGAGGAAAUAAGUGAGCAUCAGGAUAAAUAUGAUCUUCCCCAAAUAAAUGCAUUAAAUUGUAUAAAGGCUAUAUUUAUUGAAUCAAAAUUGGCUGAUGCGUGCUCUCCUUAUAUUUCGAAGGCUUUAUCUCUUUCCCUGUCAAACUUUACUUCCGAUAUAUGGGCUAUUAGAAAUUGUUCAAUCAUGUUAUUCACUUCACUUCAAAACAGAUUGUUUGGUAAAGCAGGAAAGAGCAUAAGUGCGAGAUUAUUUUUCACAAGACAUGAACAUAUAAGAGAAGAAUUAUUAUCAACAUUAAGAAAUUCGUUGAAUUCAACAAAUUCGGUUGAUGGAAAAGUAGAAAACUCAAACAACUUGGAAUCUGUUUUUCUAGUUAUAAGUUUAUUGCAACGAUUGAAACCAACUCCUGGAUAUAAUGGUCUUGAUGAAUUCAAGGUCGAAAUCUAUAAAUGUCUAAGUUACUCCAAUUGGAAAAUUCGUGAUAUAGCUGCAAGGACGGUGGGCUUGUUAUCUGACAAUCAAAUAGAACAAUGUUCUAUUUUAUUAGAAAGUAUCUCUCUUGUCGAUCAAAAUAAAUGUCAUGGUAGCCUAUUAGCAGUAAGAAACAUUUUGAACUCGAUAAAUAAAUCUAAUUUUAAGGUGCAAAUUAAUCAACAUCUGAUAGAAAGCAUAGUUUCUUGCUGUUCUGAGAUUAUUUUAAAGAAUAAUUGUUUUGUUACAAUAAAAGCAUAUCUUGAAAUAAUUGAAAUUUUACUUGGCUAUUCGGAUAUUUUUAAUGAUGUACAAUAUCAAUAUUUGAUUUCCAGUAUAGGAAAUAUGUUUGUUUCAUUCAACUCUUCUAUAUCAAUUGAUGGAAGUAAGCAGUUAUGCUUAGGGAAAGCUUUACAGUUGUUACUUAAUUAUGAAAAAGAAGAAGUAAAACUUGAAGUCUGUCAACUUGGUUUAUUGAGCCCAUAUUUUGAAGUUCAAUUAGUUGCAGUUACUCACAUCUUAAACUCCUAUGAUUUAUCAAAAAACGAGUACUCAAUUCUUUCUGGUAUUUUGUUAGAAAUGUACCAUGAGGGAAAUUUAAUGCCAGAAUUAGCUGCAAAAGUUAUUUUGGCACUACAAGGAACUAAAGACGAACUACCUAUAAAAAGUUUGAUUAAUCUGAUAGAAACUCCAAACAGUGAAGAUCUCCAACUUGCAGCUAUUGAAGUAAUAGGCGGGCAUCUAUUAAUUGACACAAAUAUUUGGAAUAAAGUUAAAAAGUACUGUGGAGAUACUUACUCUGAAAAUUAUAGAUUGGCUGCAUUACGUUGUAGUAUAAAAUUUUUUGAGAAGACCAAAAAUCCAGCUUCAGGAAUUCAAAUUUUUAAAAUGCUGUCUGAUGAUGAUAUUGAUAUAAGGACUGAGGCGUCUAAGUAUCUAAAUCAUUCCUUAUUUAAACUGGAAGGAUAUAAAGAAAAUAAAUGUCCAUAUGUCACAUCAAAGGAUUUUGCAGUAAAAUUUGGAAAAAGCGUCCAGUCAAGUGUGACCGCCGAUUUAUUGUUAGAUGAGUUGGUAGAUUUUGUAAUGCAGCUAACCAUAGUACUUAAGGAUUCAGCUACUGAAACACUUUUUGAUGUUGAAAAAGAUAACCAAUAUAGAAAUGAUAUUGAGCAAAAAUUAUUAUUUAUUGGUAUGCUUAAUUCAAUGGAUACCAAUAAUUUAGGAAUAUUUAGUAAGACAAAUGAAUUAUUGGAAUACUGUGUUGGAAUUUUUGAAGAACUUGCAAUUACUGAUUCUCCUUUAGGAUGGGCUUCCAACCCUGAUGUAUUCGGUAGAAUUAUAGUCCUUACUCGCAUGGUUAAGGUAUUUUCAACUGAAAACAUGGAAAAGCUACUGAAUAUUUUUGAAUCAUUUAAAAUACAUGAUAUGGUAACAGAAUUGGUCAAUGAAGGAACAUGUAUUUCCUCUUUAUAUAUGGUCUAA